AUGCCGUGCUGGUACUACGAGAAAAAAGAGCUCCGCAAUACACCAUCGAUUCAGGAUGGUAUUGACUACGAGACAGAGUGUCGAUACCGCAAGGAAGGCGCUAGGUUCAUUAUUGACACUGGAACGAAGAUGGACCUUGGAUAUAACACUAUGGCGACCGGUGUUGUGUACUUUCACAGAUUCUACAUGUUUCACUCGUUUAAGAAUUUUCCUAGAUAUGUCACAGCCUGUUGCUGCUUAUUUCUUGCCGGAAAGGUUGAAGAAACACCUAAAAAAUGCAAAGACAUUAUAAAAACUGCUAAGACGUUACUUAGUGAUCAAAAGUUUCUGACUUUUGGAGAAGAUCCAAAGGAGGAAGUGAUGACGCUGGAAAGGAUUCUUUUACAAACAAUCAAAUUCGACUUGCAAGUCGAACACCCGUAUAGCUACCUAUUGAAAUAUGCAAAGUGUCUGAAAGGUGAUAAGAACAAACUACAAAAAAUGGUGCAAAUGGCGUGGACGUUUGUAAAUGACAGCCUCUGUACUACACUCUCCUUGCAAUGGGAACCGGAAAUCAUAGCUGUUGCUCUCAUGUACCUUGCUGGUAAAUUGAGCAAAUUCGAAGUUGUCGACUGGAACGGAAGGCUCCCAAAGCAUCUCAGAUGGUGGGACAUGUUCGUCGAAGACGUGACCAUGGAUUUACUUGAAGAUAUUUGCCAUCAAGUUUUAGACCUAUACUCGCAAGCAAACAAUGCGAAGGCACCGGAUUCUCCGCCGCUUGUGUCGACUCAUGAAGGAAAUAGAGAAUGGGCCACAAUACCCACUGCUAACGACGUUGCCGCUAGUGCUCCAGCAACACCGAAUAAAAUUUCAAAAAUUGAAGUUACCUCCAGUGCCGUAAACGGCUCCUCAAACGCGGAUGCUACCGAUGGUUCAAAGCCAGUUGAAAUACCGGCUCACUUUCCUCCGUACCCCGCUACUUUUACACCAUCUUCGACGGCCUAUCCCCCUGUAUUCCCGCCGACAAAUAUUUCCGUUCCACCGCCGUCCGUCACGGCGAUUAAUCACAUCGUUUCGGCUAUGCAUCCCUUCAAUUCAUCAGGUGCAAUUCGACCGCCAGCACCAGCUCUCGCUCCACCCACGUUCCAACCCUUUCCAUACCCUGCAGCGACAACAUAUUUUCAACCUGGGAACCCAGCACCGCCAUCUACGACACAGAGAGCUUAUUACCCGCCCUAACAGACCGACGAUUCCUAGGUUUACGAUGUAGAAUUACGGUUAGGUUUAUGCAAAUUGUGAACUUUGUACCGGAAUCCCAUGUUGAUGUUGUUAUGUACUCAUUUUCCGGUCAUGCAUGAAAUUCAUUUUGUAAAAAAUUGCUAGCAAUUUAUUAUUGAUUCAUAAAUCAAUAUCUAGGUGAAAAGAAUAUACUAAAUGAUAUCAUAGAUGAAGAAAAGCGUGGCAUUAAGCAAGCGAUAUUGCUAAAUUUAAGCAAUAGUGACAGGUACGAAAAUCCGUCUCUCCUACUACAGUCGACCAUUAUCUCUUAUCAAUAGUAGUUUCAUUUCUUCACAAUAGAUCAAAUACAUUUGAUUUUCAAUCGCUUCGGAUACAGCUGUAUGGAAAUUUUUUAUAAAUACUAUAAAUCAGUAAAUUACAAUUAAAUACAUAUGUAAAAUAAUCGCCAAGGUGUUGAUCAUUUUCACAAAGUGUACAAUAUCAUAUUAAAAAUUCAGGAAUAUCAA